AUGAGAAUCACCAGCAGCAACCUCCUCGGGUUCUCGCUACCACUCCUGUUGGGUGGCAGCGUGUUUGCCUUGACGCCACCAGACGCUUCUCCGGCUACCGCCAACAAGUCGUCCUCCUACAUGUCCAAGUUCCCGACCACACGCAAUGAGGCCCGUCCAGUGGCCAAGUUGAUGGCCGCGGAAAGCUACACCGCUGUCCCCAAUGGCGAGAUCUGGUACGAUACCGACGGUAACCAGAUCCAGGCCUGGGGUGGCUCGAUGCUCAAGGAAGGCGACACGUACUACUGGGUCGGCGCCGACAUGUCCACCUCCCUCCCGGGCGAACCACCCAACCCGGCUCUGGUAAAUUUGUACCAGUCGACGGAUCUUCUCAACUGGAAGAAAGUGACCGUGGCCAUCUCAGUCUACACCACCGACGUCAACGGCAACCAGCCACUGACUUACUGUCAAGUGCAACGUCCGAAGAUUCUCAAAUCCGCGACGACGGGGAAGUAUGUCAUCUGGGGCCAUUGGGAAGAGGCCAUGAGCUACGCCCCGUCCCAGAUCAUUACCGCCACUGCCGACAGGAUCGAGGGCCCGUAUACAAUCACAGCUAAAGGUCAUCGCCGUCCCGGCGAGGGAAACAACGACGACAGCGCGAUGGGUGACCGUGUGGGCCAGCCGGUAAUUGACUGGGACACCUCGCCGGCCGACGAUGGCUCGUAUCCGUACAAGCCCGUCAUGGCUGCCUAUCCACCGCGGAUUCUCCAGUACAACAGCCCCAACCCGAACAACCCGAGCGGCGUGUCAUAUGUGUCACAACAGGACGGAUACGGCACCGCCCAGCUUGGCAACUGGUGGAGCUACCAGCUUACCAACGUCCGCUUCAACAUGACCCUUAAGGCCUUGGCCGUGAACAUGACGCCAUUCGAUGAUACAUACUACCGCAAGUACGCGGGACAGUACUCGAUUAGCGCUGCGGAUUAUAUCGUGCGGUUCCCGACUGCCGAGCGCUCCGAGGUCGCCAAAUCCGUCUUCAUCAUUGGGCACCCCGGCGACGAACGGCAGCAGCUGGCGGAACCCAUAAUUGGCCCUACGCUAGACGAGUCUAUGUCGGACUCGGUUGUGCUGGUGAACAGCGGCGACGCGGCCUUCAUCACGGUGGCUAGCGAGAACACGACCAUAUACUACACCACUGACGGAUCGAACCCUAGCCCCUCCAACUCCAAUCAGAUCUACUGGGACGGCACUCGCAUCACCGUGUCUGGCGCGCCAGGCACCACUCUCACCGUCAAGGCCCUUGCAGUCAAAGAUGGGGAGGCGAGCAAGGUGGUAGAGCAGACCUACCAGAUCUCCGAUGACCCCUCACAAGUGCCAAUUUUCACGCCCAUCAUCAACUGGCCGUCAGGCACGUACACUGCGGAGUCCCCCGCCUUCGGCUACAUGUCCAUGAGGAUCUACAGCCCGUCGUAUGGGACAGAGCUCUACUACACCAUGGACGGCCUUGACCCCAACCCUCCUGCCAAAGGCGACAACAUGGGAUAUGGUUCUCGCGACUUUACCGUGUGGCAAGACCCCAAGUCUGGCGAACACUUCUUCAUCACCGCGGCAGACCACCUCUACAUGAGGGUUUGGAAAGUCACCGACGACCUGACCGACGUCGUUGCGGACAAGGAAUACGAUGUCUUCGUUCACGAAUCGCGCGAGGCGCCGGCAUUAAUCCGGCACCACGGAAAGGAGGGUGAGUGGGUGUACAUGGUGACCUCUGGCCAAUCCGGGUGGUUCACCAACCAAGGCCAGUACAAACGAACCAGGAGUCUCUCAGACGGCUUUAACGAGCCCCGCGACGAAGUGACGGGAUAUCGCGACGGUCGCAGGACCUGGACCGCGCUACAGCCCAUUGGUGACCCUAGCACAUACUGGAGCCAGUCCACCUGGAUAGAAAACAUCGGCACGGACCAAGAUCCCGUCUACAUCUUUAUCGGCGACCGCUACAACACGAUCACGACGAACCUUCUCCAGCUCUCCACCUACGUAUUCAUCCCUCUCUAUAUUGACGACGAUACCGCUGGACAAUCCGGUGUGACUGGUAGUAGUAAUAUGACUCUGGUCUACGACCCUGCGCCCAAGAUCGACGUCAAGAAUCACAGGAUCAUCCCACCCGAGUGGAGGCUGCUAUCGCUGAACCAGCCCGUCACGGCCUCACCCUCGGUCGCUCUCUCGCCCGCGGAGCAAGCGGCCGGAACGUUCAACUACAGCGCCCAGGCCGCGAACAACGGGAUCAACUACGACGUCGACCCGUAUGACGACGUGGCGAACUACUACAAACCCAAUUCGAUCCCGUUCUUCUGGCAGGUCGACCUCGGGCAGGCCUACGACCUGUCGUGGAUUGGUCUGUCGUUCAUGAGUGUUGGAGGAUCCGACGCUGUGAAUCGCUACGCCGUGAGCGCUAGCAAGGACCUGGCGACAUGGACCAUCCUGGCCGAUAAUACCCAGAACCUGCAGCCAGGCUUCCAGUCUCAUCGCCUGAGCGGGGAGUUCCGCUAUGUGAAGCUGAUCGACUAUAGUGUCUGGGAUGUUGCACAUAAUAAGGGCGCCGAGUGGGAGGCGGCCGUUUAUGAAGUCUCCGUCUACGGCCAGUGAAGACAAUAUUGUGGCCUAACUGGCGCGCACCGAGCAAAAACAGUCCUCGUAGGAAGGGGUGCGAAGGACAUAACUGGGGUUCUACAUCAGUGUUUUUCUUCCGCAGUUCAACACUGCAAAGUUUCACUUUCUAACAAUGACUGCUUUCUUGCUCCACUACCUG